AUGGCACGUGUGUCUUCUGACUCGCACGUUGGCUCAUGUACCCCGGCUCACGUCAUCGCACCCUGGUCUGCUCUCGAUACGACAGAACGCGGCAAGUCAACACAUCUUCUUUCAACAUCCUCAUCCCUUUCAUCCGCGACAUCGUCCCCAACGUCCGCCUCCGCACCAGCAACAACAAACACCCACGAGAACAACGACAACGUCGACAGAAGCAAGGCGGGCCACCAAACCACAGAGACACGCCCAGCCCACAACAGCGGCAGCGGCCACGGCACUGCCGAGACAGCUCCACAGCAGGCCGUGGCGAUUGGGCCUUGUGCGGCGUCGUACGCAACGCCAAUGAAAGGUGAGGCCGAGGCCACGUCCCCUUUGAGCGUGAGCCGCACCUCCACAGGUACACCCUCGGCCACCAGCACACCCACCACGCCAACUGCUGGCACCCACGCAGCGGGCGGCAUGGUACCACAGGCCAUGGCACCUGGGGCUGUUGUCAGGUGCCCAUCGGUCAUGACACCGGCAACGGCGACCGUGUCGUCAUCACCAUCGGCGCCGCUGCAGGAAUGGAGCAGCAAUGCGACGCCAACAAGCGGCUACACCAUGGUUGCACACGGCCCGCCGCCACAGCAGCAGCAGCAACAACAGCAACAACAGCAACAGCAACAACAGCAACAACAACAGCAACAGCAACAGCAGCAGCAACAGCAACAGCAACAGCAACAGCAACAACAACAACACACCAUGCAGGGGAUGCCGCUAUUGCAGAGCAAUCGACCGCUUGUGAACACAGUUAACAGCAACCACAACAACAGUGCCAAGAUGCACCCCGCACAACCCACACCUCCCACACCUUUCACCACUAGCCCACGCGUUGCGACGAGCCAAACAAAACCUCAGGCAAGCACAGCAACGACGACAAACGCCACGGCAGCGGCGACGCUAACAGCAACACCAGUCACCGUUGCGCCAGCGCCGACCCACGCUUCCGAAUUCAGGAGUGCCGAUGCAAUACAAGCAAACACAGCAACAGCAGUGACAGCAGUAGGCGUGCACGCACCACAGCAGGUGCUGGCGACGAGCAUGGCAGCGGUAGCGCCAGCAGCAACGACUGCACAUGCAGCAGUACCCGUUUCCGCCCACACAGCACGCAAUAUCCAGUCAACACCCAUGGUUGUGCAGACACAACAACAACAACAACUGAAACAACAACUGAAACAACAACAACAACUGAAACAACAACAACACCAACAACAACUGAAACAACAACAACAACACCAACAACAACUGAAACAACAACAACAACAACAACAACAACAACAACAACAACAACAACAACAACAACAACAACAACAACAACAACAACAACAACAACAACAACAACAACAACAACAACAACAACAACAACAACAACAACAACAACAAGCACAAAUGCAACAGCAGCAGCGUCCACGUCAGCCGCGGCCACUUCCGGCAUCGCCAUCAGCGCGUGCACCAUCAACACCCGCCCGUCGCUCCCGCAGCAGCCGCUCGCGCUCCGAAUCUGGCACGCCAACGUCUGGUGGCCGCGGCGCCAAGCGCGGGCCGUACCGGUGCGGACGGUGUGGGCAGAUGCUUAAGGGCCACACAUGCCCGUACAAGGAAUACCCGCCACGCAGUCCACGGCAGCCAGCGCGGUUGCGUCGCAGUCCAGCGCAGGGGGCACGGCGGGAGGUGGAAGGCAUGGUGGCAAACAGGAUGGUGGUUGCACGGUCGCUGCCCAUGUCGAGGCAGCAAGGCGGUGAUGGCGGUGAUGGCGGCGAUGGUGGCAUUGGGGGUGUUGGUGGCGUUCGAGGGAUGCAGCUGCACGCCAUGCUUGGCACUGCGAGCGGCACCACCACGCUUCCACAUGGGAUGAUGGCCACACCAGUGACAGCCGCCGCGAUUGGCAACGGUGCCAACACCACCACCACCACAACAGUAACACCAACAACAACAGCAACAGCUGCAACAAUAGGAGGAAGCGGCGUGGUACCAAUGGCGGGUGCACAGCAGGCCGGCGGUGGCGGCGGCGACAAUGCACUCAUUGCAGAUGGAGGCGUUGGUGGAAGUGGUCGCAACAGCAACAGCAACAGCAACAGCAGCACUCGUCGUCACCAGCGUGGUGCUCAUGGCGGCAGCAGCACCAGCGGCAGCAGCGGCAGCGGCGUCGGCAGCGUUGGUGGUGGCGACACCAGUGGUGGCGGCGGUGGCGGAGGUGGUGGUGGUGGUGGUGGGUCGGGCGAUCUUGAAUCGAAUGAGGUGGCCGCAAUGCAGCUGUUGGCAAUGAGCACACACCAGCAGGCCAUCACCAUGCCAGACGGCACACCCGGGGAUGCCCUUGGCCGCACCGUGACGCGACUCCACACGCACUUCAACGUGACGCAGCAGCAGUUUCUGCAGAUCUUUGGAGAGGAGAUGUUGCGCUAUGGCCCGCGCGCGUCGCCGUGGCUGGCGGGGGUGCGCGAGAACCUGACACCGUACACGGCGCACGUGUGCGCGAAUGUGUUUCAGUGGGACGGGUUUGAGAUUGAGCUUGCAGACGGCCGCCGCAUUUCCCCUUGCGCAAUCAACGUGGAGAAGAACGGAAAGAUUGUCCUGUUUGAACGCGACGACCACGCGCAACAGCAGCAGCAGCAAGAAGAGGAGAAGGAAGAGCAGCGGCAGCAGCAACCACGACCACAACAGCAACAACCACAACUUCGGGAGCAGGGGCAAGAACGGGUGAAUGGGACUGCAAGUUCAACACAGGCACAGCAGACGCCAGCACCACAAGCAGUAGCAACAACAGCAGCAACAACAACAACGGUGGCAGCGACGGGAGGAGCCGCGACUGACAAGAGGUGCGAAAGUGCACCACCUAUUGAAGAACAGCAACACGUAACCACGAUGAUGACGCCGACGCCGACGCCGACGCCGACGCCGACGCCACAGAGCGAGGCGACAGCAGGGACGGCAGGUGUGGCCACAUGUGUGGUGAAGGCAGAGCCAACAAGCGCAGAGCCAGCCGCACAUGCAGCAGAGAUGAGUGCACCAGUACGAGAUGUGGUUGAUGGCGUGAUGGCAAGUGGAGAGGAGGCGAUGGGUGGUGAAGAGCUGCAGCCAAAGAGAGCAAAGUUGGACGGGGAUAUGGUGGAACAUGACAACACCACCAACCGCUGCAACAGCCAUGGUGGUGGGAAUGGUGGUGGUGGGAAUGGUGGUGGUGAGAUGCACAGCAAGCCUGUUGCAUAG